CUGGCACCUGACUACAGAAACCUGUGCCUCCAUCCCAACACAGCAGGCUUAGUCACAGAGGCACCUGGCAGGCUAGCGUCCCGAGGACCAGAGUACUCUGUGGUCUCAGCUAGUGGAGAAGGAGCCUGUCUAAGGCCACAACAGCUUCUGAGGAAGCAGGAGACCCACACACAAGAGAUGAGUGCCAGCCUCAUGCCGCCAGCCGGCCCUGGGGGCCUGGGGCAGCGGCAGGUGCCUCUUGCUCGCAGCAUGGGCCUCAGGGCCUGCAAAGCCCAGCGCCAGCUGCCUGCUUCCUGUCUGGAACACAGUGGGGAGUGGUGAGGACAGCCAGCUGGACCAUGCUGGUCAGAAAGAUCCAUCACUUACACCUGAAGGAGAACAAGUUUGGCUCGAGAGAGGCGAAAAGCACAUCCAGGAGGACAGGUCAGGGAGUGCGGGGGUGGGGGUCAGGGCCAACUGCCCCGUGGGCCUGUCCUGUGACCACACUGAGUGUGCUGGGCUUGGCUGUGGAACCUGGACACCCCCGCAAACCUGAAAGCAGCAGAAGCAACCCAGAUGCCAGGGCUUGGGCUUGGCUUGGGGUGUGAGCAGUGGGGAAACAGAGUCGCCUGUUGGCUCUGAGUGACAUGGCAAAGUGACAGCCAUGGCAGCCGGUGAGCAUGUACUGGGCCUCACCCUGAUUUAAGCCAGAAAUCCAGGGUUGGGGUACAGGCCACACCUGCUGGGGCCUCCUUCUAGAAGCUGGACUGCUACCUGGCCCGCCCCUGCCCUACAGCCAGCACCCUGCUUGGCAUGCCCGAGGGCUACGCCGCUGGCCACUCUUCCUGCUAUUGCCAUUGCUGCAGACCCUGCACUGGACACUUGACAAGGUCUUGCCAGAGAGGCCAGGAAAAGGCUGAAAUUGGGAAUGUUCUUGGCUCUGUCUUGGCCUUCCUGGACUAAACCAGGCCCAUGGGUCUCCUUCUCUGAUCCCUUGGUACCCAGAGGCCUCCUUGUGCCUGUGUACCAGCCCCUACCCCCAGCCCAGCCCAGACUUGCUCUCCAGCAGGACUCUGCCCCCACAGGGAAGUUCUGGCACAUCUCAGACCUGCACCUGGACCCUGACUAUCAGGUGUCAGAAGAUCCACUCAAGGUGUGCCCAUCAGCCGGCUCCCAGCAGGUUCCCAACGCCGGCCCCUGGGGGGACUACUUGUGUGAUGCGCCCUGGAUCCUCGUGAACUCCUCCAUCUACGCCAUGAGGGACAUCGCACCUGAGCCGGACUUCAUCCUGUGGACUGGGGACGACACGCCACAUGUGCCCGACGAGAGCCUGGGGGAGGCAGCAGUGCUGCGGAUCGUGGAGCGCCUGACCACGCUCAUCAGAGACGUCUUUCCAGAUACCAAAGUCUACGCUGCUUUGGGGAAUCAUGACUUCCACCCCAAAAACCAGUUUCCACCCAGAAGGAACAGCAUCUACCAGCAAGUAGCAGAGCUCUGGCGCCCCUGGCUUAACAACGAGUCCAUCACUCAAUUCCAAGAAGGUGCUUUCUAUUCGGAAAAGCUGCCGGCCGCUGGCAGCUUGGGGCGGAUGGUGGUCCUGAACACCAACCUCUACUACAGCAACAACCAGCAGACAGAGGGCCUGCUUGACCCUGCACAGCAGUUCCAGUGGCUGGAGGCGGUGCUGACAGAUGCGGCCCAAGCCGGGGAGAGGGUGUACAUCAUUGGCCACGUGCCCCCUGGGUUCUUCGAGAAGACACGGGACAAGGCGUGGUUCCGGAACAGCUUCAAUGAGGAGUACCUGAAGUUGGUGCGCAAGCACCACCACGUCAUCGCGGGGCAGUUCUUCGGACACCACCACACCGACAGCUUCCGGAUGUUCUACGAUGAUGCGGGCACCCCCAUCAGUGUCAUGUUCCUUGCACCUGGAGUCACUCCAUGGAAAACCACGUUGCCCGGAGUGGUCAAUGGUGCCAACAAUCCUGGCAUCCGGGUGUUCGAGUAUGACCGAGUCACACUGGACCUGCAGGACAUGGUGACCUACUUCAUGAACCUGAGCCAGGCCAACGCGCAGGGGCAGCCGCGCUGGGAGCUGGAGUACCGGUUGACCAAAGCCUACGGCGUGCCGGAUGCCAGCGCCGGCUCCAUGCACGAUGUACUGGGCCACAUCUCCAACGACCAAGGCGUGCGCCAGCGUUACUACCUCUAUAACUCGGUCAGCUAUGACGGCCAGCCCUGUAACGAGGCCUGCCGAGUCGAACACGUGUGCGCCAUAAGCCAAGUGGCUUUUGAGAACUACAGCACCUGCUUGCGCGUGGCGGCUGCUGCGCCUACAUCUGUGCCCGGGUUCCCACUGCUCCUGGCAGCGCUGCUGGGCUUGUGCUUGCUCUGCGGCUGGUGACUUAGGGCGUCCCAGGGAAAGCAGAUCAGCGUCCUAUCACUGUCCUCCUGGUGUGAGAAGGGGACAGCCAUAUCGAGACCCCAAAACCCUUCCAGAAGUGCAUUGCUUUCUCAGGUUUCAUGGGAUGCCCACAAAGCAAAACCUUUAUAUUCUGGGAGCUGCCCGUCCUAAGGCAUAAAGAAUGUUCAAAGUGACACCCA